AUGGGCCCCGGAACUCUUUUGCCAGAGCUCGAAAACCCUACGACACGAAAAGACAUCAAAAUAAUCGACUCACAGCUCAAAGAUGAAACUAACGAGAUUACUAUACUGCCCAGCCCGUUUCCAGAUCUGAUGAGGACCGAUUAUCCCGAUUUCAGAGCCGAUCUGGCUGAGAAUGGCUUCACUAUACUCAAAGGGGUGAUUCCUCGUGAACGGGCGGCCGGAUAUCAAGAAAAGGCGUACGAAUGGAUCAGGUCAUUUCCCGGCGAUCUCGACAUGGCAAAACCAGACACAUGGGUCGAUAAGAAUCUCCCAAUGACCAACUCCAUCAAUGCUUACGCUUAUUACUGUGUCACACAUGAGAAGUUCUUCUGGGACGCAAGACAAGAGCAAGGCGUUAUCGAUGCAUUUGCUAAAAUCUGGGGCACUGAUCAACUUCUUGUCAGCUUUGAUGCUAUGAACAUCACAUUCCCAAACCGGAAAGAUGUCCCCCGCAGACUUCCAUGGGAACAUAUUGAUCAGAGUCCCAUCCGUCGUGGAGCGCAUUGUAUACAAGGUCUCAUAGUCCUCUCGCCCUCGGGACCGGAAGAUGGUGGCCUCGUCGUGUUUCCAGGCUCGCACAAGCUCAAUGAUGAGUUUUUUGAUUCUCAGACUGAUCGAGAAUCCUGGCUUCCUAUGCAGGAUAUCCACCUCUUCAAGAAAGAGGAACUUGAAUGGUUCGUUGCACGCGGCGUUCAUCCACACAAGGUCUGCGCCGAGGUAGGCGAUCUCAUUCUCUGGGAUAGCCGUACGAUCCACUACGGAAGCGAGCCAACGGAGAAGAGCAAUCAAAUCAGAACUGUACUGUAUGUCACCUACAUGCCCGCUAAUCUUGCGACGCCGGAACAAUUGGCGUUGAAAUGCGAGGCCUUUGAGAAAUACAGCAGUACCACUCACUGGCCGCAUCAAUAUAUUGUGCCUAGGCCGAAUGUUGUGUAUCUUCCGGAUGGAAAUCUUGACCGUCGGAAUCGUGAACAGCCAUUGGAGAGUCCGGAGUUGACGGAUAAGCUGUUGAAGCUUGCUGGCAUCAAGCCUUACUAG